CUGCGUGAUAUGAUCAUGCUGUGCAGCGCUUGCAUUGCGGGGUAAUGCACGCAGUCAUGUGGGUGGUGUGUGGAUUUCCUGGAAGACCCAUAUGGUAUCAGAAUCACGUUGCAAUGAGAUGAGGUGGAUACAUAUAUUGCAAGAGCCGGCUUGGAAACCCAUACCUGUGACGCUCCUCCACUCCAACGUCAUGGAAUCCAUCAAACGGAAACUGGCACGUCUCGCGGACAGGACGAAAAUCAACUCACAACGGCUUGUACGAAUCGUGAAUGGCAAGGGUAAGACAGGCUAUACGGCCUCAUCUGACGUGGAACCAACCAUGCCGCAGCUUCCGAUCGAGGUGUGGGAGAACGUGAUCGACCAUCUGUGGGACGACGACCGUGCUUUGAGGCGGUGCAUCCUUGUUUGCCGAACGUGGUAUCCUCCCAGUCGCUUCCAUCUUUACACGAGGAUCACGAUCAGGAGUGUCAAGGAUGUGAAGGCGUAUGCGAAGAUGCUGAAGCAGACUCCCGAGCUGUCGGAGCGGGCGCACGAUAUGACAAUAGUGGGCGAUUGGGGGACAGAUCGGUCCGCACUGUCGACGGCGGCGAUCCUGCUCGCUCGCAAGCUGCCCCGAUUGGAGCAGCUCCAUAUCGAGUACUCCGAUUGGAACCCAUGGACGAUGCACAGCGACAUCUUCCUGCUUCUCCCCGCCUUCUCCUCCAUCAGUUGCCUCGAUCUCCGUGAUGUCACAUUCCCGUCAAUCACUGUCUUUGGGCACCUCGUCUGCGCACUGCCAGGUUUGGUCGAGCUCAAAUGCUUCGAUCUGAAGUUCACACAUGACUACUUCCAUCAUGAUACGUUCGGACCAUAUCACAACCGCGUCAACAUCAGAUCUUUAUCACUCAAGGAAGACUAUCACGAGACACCUGAGAAACUCACCGACUUCCUUGCUCAUCCUUGCUUCUCGAGUCGCUUGCAGAGACUCAUCAUCGAUGAUUUAUUUCAUGUGGCUGAAUCGCAACACCAAUGGAAAUGUCAGCGACUAUUGAAUGCCGCGUCUAGCUCACUCUCAGAACUGCGAUUGAGUCUUGUAUACUUUGGACAAUUGGCACACAGCGAGGUGUCGACUGCAGAUUCGGCGUUGUCCUUCACUCACAACACCUCGUUGCAGAGCCUAUGGCUAGCAUUUCCUGAUCAGUUGGGAGUUUUCGACCUGGACACAUUGUAUCAAGUCUUGCUUUCAAUCACGUCAGGCCAGCUCGAAGAAAUUGUGAUAUUGUUCAAGUGGUCUCACAGCACUCAAAUCAAUGAAGCAAAUUGGGAAGUGAAGAACUUGCUCAAGAUUUAUGAGUCUGUUCGCCACAAAGAGAUUGAUAAUUAUCUUUCGUCUGCCUCAUUCAGUACGCUGAGCAAAGUUGAAUUUGCACUUGAAUGUUGUGAUACUACCAGGCUCAGCCAUAGUGGGGUAGAUACAGUGGCCGAGGAGCAGUGGAAGCAGCAACUUCUGCCAUUAUUCCCACGACUGACCGAGCGAGGCAUCUUGAGCGCCACAAUGAGGGAACCUGGGUAUGGAGACAACUUUUGAUCAUUGCGGCCAUUGUGGACCACGAAGAUUUCUACCUCGUCUCUCCAGCUCCUCAAAGUGCCCACAUUCAAGUUCCUGCACGUUCUUGGCUAUCCGUCAUCGUCUCUUCCACAAUCCCCAUACUUCAUAUACAUCGCGCUCUACUGUAUCACAUAUCUGCAAGUUCCCACAUUCCAGUCGCUGCGUACCGCCAUUGCCAUCCUGAAAGUCAGACAUUCCUUUUCUCCAUCUCGUCUCUACCUCUUCCACACCGUGCGC